AUGGAUUUGAAGCGGAGAUUCCACGAGGAUGUUAGUACUUCUGCAAUCGCCCAAGCGGAGACGUUUUGGAGCAUGGGAUCCUUCAGGUCAUCUCCAUAUGGCACCCAUCAAACUUUGAAGAUUUGCUCGACGAAGAGGCUUGGAGGCAAGGUACAUCUGUUCAUGUACAGUACAUGCAAAGUAGACGUAGAUAUCUUCAAUAGUCAUCACAAAGAAUUAAGAGGGACAACUCCACAUGGCAUCCCAGCGGGGCUUAUCAUCAAGGAAACCGGUCAUUCGCACGGACGUAAUCUGCACUCUGAAACAAGGCCGGCCCCGUUAUUCGAGGCAGUGUUGGAGUUCGAAGCUGGAAUGUUACAGCCUCCCCCGCGAAGGAAGAAACCAAUGCUUGCUACGACAACUUAUUCUGAUUGA